AUGUUUGUCCUGCGAAAUGUGGGCAAGCUGAUCUUCGGCUCCGGCGCCCAGGAAUCCCUCAUCGAGCUGCCCCAGGGUCAGCUCUACCUCGUCCGCCCCCUCUCCCCCAAGGGCUACUCCGAACUCAUCUUCAAAGACGCUGCCAUCCGCAUCCGCCGUACAAACCAAGACUUCCACUACCAGCUCGUCGUCCAGCGAGCUUUUGAGGAGGGCGAAGAGGAGCUUCUCGCCGAGGAAGAGGGCGACGACGCCGAAAUCGACGCCCUCGCCAACGAGCGUGACGAAAAGACGUUUCUGCUCGACGAGGCGCUGCAUUUUCGCGUCGAGGCCCGCGACGGCGGCGACAGCGUCAUCGCCUGGCGCGAUCUGAGUGGUGACACCGGCGACGUCUACGAGUUUGUCUGCGACAGAGCCGUUGCUCCCAACCAGGUCCAGCUCUUCCUGCGCGCCGCCCAGGAGUGCCAGUACGAGCGCAAGUACCGCAAGCCAAAUACCACCGCCUCCGAAGAGGAUCUCCAGCAGUUUGAAUUUCACGAGGAGCUGCCAAUCCCACCCGCCAGUCCCCUCAACAGCCCCUCCCUCACACGCUCUAUCGAUUCUACCGAGUUCAUGGCGCCAACUACUCCCAGCAAGCAGCGCACUGCUACCCCCCCUGCUGCUGUUCCCGAGCAGGAGAAGAAGCCUGCCGGCCCUGUUUACGAUGCCAACAAUCCGCCCAAGCCGAAGGAGAUUUAUGCCAGCAUCGCUGCUGAGCUGCAUGUCUACGAUCCCCAGCCCGGCCACUUUGCCAUAGUCGACGACUCGGUUGUCGCGACUGUCUCCGAGGUUGGCAAAUGGGAAUACUGGCUUCAAAUUGAGGGCCAAAAGCCUUGGUUGGGAACGCCAGUGGUUUCCGACUUUAGCCCCGUGUUCGAUUUCCAGUUCCUUUCCUUCGUCUUUAACCACUUUAGCCCUGAUGGUACCGCUCGCUCUUGGCUGCUCCGAUUCAAGGACCAGCCUACGCUCGAGAAGUUUCAGGAAGCCAUCAUGCAGGCUAUCUGGGAGAGGCUCAACGAGACAAAGUGGGCCAAGAUUCAAGAAAAGGAGCGUGAAUAUGUUCUCGACUCCAUGGGCGAUCUGACCAUGGAAGACGCUCCUACUACAGAGGAAGAGGAAGAGGAAGAAGAGGAGGAGGAGGAGGCUGAUGAGGAGGGCAUUCGCAGCGACGCCUAUGACAGUGAUGAAGACGAAGAAGAGGAGCAGGACAAGGAUGAUCGUGAAAUGAACUCACAACUUGCCGUUGGCUACAAACAUGACCGCUCCUUUGUCGUCCGUGGCUCCAAGAUUGGCGUCUUUUCCCAUACCGGCGACAACCGCCUCAAAUUUGCCACCAACAUCUCCAAGGUCAUGACGCCUAAGGGCAAGCUUAUGAAUCCCAAAAAGGUCAUGCUACAUGGGGAGGACCGCGAUCUCAUUAUUCAAAACAAUGUCGACGCCAAUAAGCUCUACCGCAUGGAUAUCGAAUACGGCAAGGUUGUUGAUGAGUGGAACGUUCACGACGACAUCCCCGUCAUCAAUUUCGCUCCCGAAAAUAAGUUUGCCCAGAUGACCUCUGAGCAGACUUUCCUCGGUGUCUCCAACAAUGCUCUGUUCCGUGUCGAUCCCCGUCUCGCUGGGAACAAGCUCGUUGAUUCGGACAUGAAGCAGUACGCCUCCAAGAAUGACUUUUCUUCACUCGCCACCACUGAAAAGGGUUACAUCGCUGUUGCCAGCAACAAGGGCGAUAUUCGCCUCUUUGACCGUCUCGGCAUCCGCGCCAAGACGCAGCUGCCCGCGCUUGGUGAUCCAAUCACCGGCAUGGAUGUCUCCGCCGACGGUCGCUGGAUUCUCGGAACCACGCAAAACUACAUCCUGCUUGUCGACGCCAUGCAAAAGGACGGCAAGAACGAGGGAAAGCUGGGCUUUGAAAAGGGUUUCUCGGCCGACACGAAGCCGCGGCCGCGCCGUCUGGCCCUGACGGCCGAGCACGUGGCGCAAUUUUACCACGAGACCGGCAAGCCUCUUAGCUUCACUCCGGCCAAGUUUAACACUGGUGAGGGCGCCGAGGAGACGAGCAUCAUCACAGCCACUGGUCCGUACAUUAUCGAGUGGAACCUCAAGCGUGUCCUGCGCGGCAUGAAGGCGCCGUACAAGAUUAAGCGCUACGAGGAUGAGGUCAAGGCCGACGACUUCAAGUUUGGCUCCGACAAGAACGUCAUUGUCGCUUUGCCCAACGAAGUCAACAUGGUGGCCAAGCAGAGCUUCCGCAAGCCCACUCGCGAGAGCAUCAUUGGAAAUGUUCGUGUUUCUGGCGGCCACAGGAGCUCUUCAGCGAACAAGAUUGGCACACCCUUGAGUAGCCGGUACAAGCUGGGCCGCGACGACAUUGUGAAUUCGCCAUAUUAA